ACGUAAUUGCUAUUUUUCAUUUCAUAGGAACUUCCAAUGCUCAAUCAUCAUUGAAAAUGGUUCAAUUUAGCUUAUCUGCAUCUGGUCAAAUAGAAAAUAUAGUUUAUCUACAAUUAGUUCAGUCAUUAUAUUAUCUUAAUCCAAGUAUAGAAUACAUUGUUAGAGCUGGAUGGACACAAGAUGGAAAAUAUGUAUGGACUCAAGUUUUGGAACGACAACAAAGCCAUCUUCAGUUAAUUUUAAUACCUCUUUCAUACUUUGUACCUCCAGACCAUAUGGUAGAUGUAUCAACUAAUCACAUCACUAGUCAUCCUGCCAUGCAAGUGAUUUAUGAAGAAACAUCAAAAGUUUGGAUUAAUGUAAUUGUAUAACUAUAAUUCUAAA